AUGGGGUUGUUACAUUUCCUGCAGACCCGAUCUGGGUUUAAAGUCGACAAUAGAAAGACAACCUCGGCAGCAACCCUCACUUUACGCCAAAGUCUGUGGCCCUUGUGUCUCGUAACUAUUCUCUUCUUUCUAUGGGGGUUCGCCUAUGGACUGCUGGAUACGCUCAAUAAACACUUCCAGAUCACCCUAGGCAUCACUCGGACUCGUUCAGCUGGUCUUCAGGCUGCGUAUUUUGGGGCCUAUCCGCUGGCAUCCUUAGGAUAUGCGAACUAUAUGCUGCGUCAUUUUGGAUACAAGUCCGUGUUCAUUAUGGGAUUGGUUCUCUACGGUAUUGGUGCCCUCUGCAUGUGGCCCGCGGGCCUAAAUCGCUCAUUUGGAGGGUUCUGCGCUGCAACUCUCGUCAUCGGCUCGGGCUUGGGAUCUCUCGAGACAGCAGCCAACCCAUAUCUUGCCGUCUGUGGUCCACCAAAGUAUGCAGAGAUUCGAAUCAACCUCGCACAAGCUUUCAAUGGAAUCGGAACUUGCGUCGCCCCUGCUUUAGCAUCGUAUGUGUUCUUCACCGACACCAGUGACGACGUAGAUGCCCUCAAAAGUGUACAAUGGGUGUACCUUGCUAUCGGCAUCUUUGUGUUUAUUCUUGCCGGGGUUUUUUUCGUUUCAAACAUCCCUGAAGUUACAGAUGAGGACAUGGCGUUCCAGGUUGCCUCCACCCAUGCUGGCGAGCAGGAUAAGCCUUUCAGGAAACAAUACAAACUGUUCCAUGCCACUCUAGCUCAGUUCACCUAUACCGGUGCCCAGGUGGCUAUCGCCGGAUACUUCAUCAACUAUGUGACCGAAACGUGGCCUGGCACCGGGGAUUCUACCGCAUCCAAAUAUCUGGCCGGCGCCCAAGGAGGCUUUGCCGUCGGUCGGUUCGCAGGUGCUUUCUUCAUGAGAUAUUUCAAGGCUCGCUGGGUAUUCUUAGUCUAUCUUUCCUGCACUGUGGCGUUCAUAGCAGCGUCAACAACUCAAGGAUACCAGACUGGCCUAGCAAUGCUCUUCCUCACUCUAUUCUUUGAAUCUGUCUGUUUCCCCACAAUCGUCGCACUGGGUAUUCGCGGCCUUGGUCGCCACUACAAGCGUGGUUCUGGGUUCAUCGUCGCCGGUGUUAGCGGUGGUGCCGUCGUGGCCCCGAUCCUGGGGCAUGUAGCUGAUAUGCGGAAUAAUACUGGAUUUGCCAUGAUUGUGCCGACAAUGUUCAUGAUAAUUGCGUGGACGUAUGCCGUGGCAGUAAAUUUUGUUCCUGCGUACCGGGAUACGGUCGAUAAGACUGGGGAAAGUGAUGUUGGACUUCAAGCAGGGGGUGGUUUUCCUAAGGAGGAUGUCGAGGUUGGGACCAUGGGUCAGUCGAAGGAGGUUGUUGUAAGGUGACUUCGAAAGUUACUUACUCUUUCUCACUAACAUGGUCUUAUAAUACCAAUUAUAUAUCCCAGAACCUUGAAAGUAGAAUCACUGGAAUAUUAAUAGAGUUAAGCAACUUAUAACAAAAGCGUAGCCUUAAGAGAUAUAGGGCCACUUGUCGAACAUUUCGAACCACCACGGCUUGAUCAAUCUGCCUUCUACAUGUAUUUCAUAAAAACUCGAGCUCAUGGAAAUGGUAGGCCCUCAAAAAAUGAAGCUAGAUAAAUGCUUGACGUCUACUCUAUCUAUAUGCAAACAAGACGGACACACAGUACAACAAGGAGUCGACGAUGGAUGCCAGGUCUAUUCGAACAAUAAUGCAUUGAUCACUGGAUGGAUACCAUCCCCGUGCCAACCGAGAUCCAGCCUUGGGGCACAUUAAUGUGAAUCAACGGCAUAGUAAAAAAAAAAGAAACGAGAAGAAAGAAUAAUUGCGUAUGUCAUAGGGGAUAUCUCAAAAAAAA